AUGGGGUCAACUCAGAGCCAGGAAAAGCCGGACGUGGUUAGAAUUGAACGUAGUGAAAUACCGGAAGAGUACAAAACCGUCGGAGUCUCAUCUGAUGUUGUUAGACGAGUAAAUGCUCAAAACCCAGACACUGGCUCAGAGAAGCUGAAAGCCGAGUUAGCUAAAGAGAAGGACGAGAAAAAUAGACUGCGAGAUGAGAUGGCCAGAUUAACCGUUAUCCAACAAAAACUAGCAAAUGGAAACGAUGUUUCUGCGUUGUCUGCUAAUCUUGCCUCUGACUUGGAGAAUAGGAAGAAAAUUUUCGAAGAAACCGUAGACCGUGUGGAGAAGCAAUUCUUCAGCUUACAAAGAGAAAAUGCUUGCGAACAGAAUGAGAAGGAAAUAGCAGCAUGUUUGCAGAACAACCCUGGACGCAUAUUGAAGUGCUCCUCCCUUGUGCAACAGUAUGAAGAGUGUGCCGAGAAAUUCCGCCAACAAGUGCUCCAAGGAAACUAA